AUGGAGAACGUUUCUAGCCACCCCAUAGGUAGCGAAUACCAUAUAGAUGCCACCGACUUGAGGAAAUCCUGUCAGCUGUAUGUCUUCGGCGAUCAGACCAUACCAUUUGAAAACACACUAUACAGCCUCCUUCAAUUAAAGGACGAUUCCAUCCUGGAAGCCUUUUUCGACAGAGUCGCCUUUCACAUUCGACGCUAUAUAGGAAGUCUUCCAACAAAGCAACAGAGCUGGUUCCCGCCCUUUACAACCUUGCUUGAUGUUGUUUCCCAACAUGAUACUUUCAGCGGAGCACCUGCUAUCAAGUUUGCUCUUCUAUGCGCCACGGAGAUUGGGCAAUUUAUCAGACAUCUUGGACAAAGUUCAAACACAUACCCUUCUGCUGCGAGCACGUAUCUUCUUGGCGCAUGCACAGGGUCAUUCGCGGCAGCAGCAAUCAGUACCUCGCAAACGCUUGCUGAACUGCUCCCUGCUGCAGUGGAAGCAGUACUCGUUGCGUUUCGAUGUGCCCUCCGUGCUUUCAUUUUCCGAGAGGAUAUAGAAUCGUCAGUUUCCUCGGGGCAGAAAUCUUGGACAGCUCUGGUGGGAAUCCAGAGGGCCGAGGCCGACGAAUUGAUCAAGAACUUCAAUGACAAGGGCCUUCCAUUCAGCACACAACUGUACAUUAGCUCCAUUAACCGCCAGAGCGUAUCUAUCAGUGGGCCUCCCCGACUAUUAUCCGAGUUCGUAUCAUCGAACACAUUGAAGCACUCUUUCCUGCCAAUUGAGCUCCCGUAUCAUGCACCACAUAUCUUCUGUCCCGCGGAAGUCGAAUUGGUAGUUGGGGACUUCCAUGAGCCAAUUUUGAAAGGCUACGCUCAGCGACUUAGUAUCGUCUCCGCCACUUCUGGCAAUAUCAUUUCGUCCUCAAGUUUCAGGCAGCUCAUAUGGGGAGCUGUUUCCGAGACCUUGACUGAAACUCUGAAUUGGGAGCUCAUGACCAAAUCGCUAGUAGAAGAGUUCUCACGCAAAGCCAUCGCCGAUUGCAUCAUCUACCAGAUUUCAUCCAAGAGCGGGCCGCUUCUGUCAUCAGCUUUAACGGCGAAUAUGACAAUCAAUGUCAACGUCCUUCACUUACCGGGAGGCGGGACGGAAACUGAACCUGCGUCAACCGACACGGGAAAGUUCUCGCAGUCCAAUAUUGCCAUCAUUGGAUACUCGGGACGGUUCCCCGAAUCAACUUCGAAUGAGGAUUUCUGGGAGUUGUUGAUGGCCGGGCGCGACGUGCACCGGGAGAUCCCUGAGGAUCGGUUUGACUGGAAGGCCCAUUAUGACCCGACUGGAAAGAAAAAGAACACAAGUCGGAUCAAGUAUGGCUGCUUCAUCAAGGAGCCCGGGUUGUUCGAUGCGCGGUUCUUCAACAUGUCUCCGCGAGAAUCCGAAAGCUGCGACCCUGCGCAACGUCUGGCCAUCACCUCAGCGUAUGAGGCCAUUGAAAUGGCUGGAUUAGUACCUAAUACGUCCCCAUCGACCCAGACUGAUCGGAUUGGCGUUUUCUAUGGAGUAACCAGUGACGAUUGGCGCGAAGUGAACAGCGGGCAGAACAUCGAUACAUAUUUCAUUCCUGGGGGAAACCGCGCUUUUAUCCCAGGCCGGAUCAGUUAUUACUUCCGCUUCUGUGGUCCCAGUCUUAGCAUCGAUACAGCAUGUUCCUCUAGCUUUGCGGCUAUCCAGACAGCGUGCGGGUACCUAUGGCGUGGCGAGUGUGACACGGCACUUGCUGGUGGUGCCAAUAUCCUGACGAAUCCCGACAACUUUGCGGGCCUGGAUCGAGGUCAUUUCUUGUCCCCUACAGGAAACUGCAAUGCCUUCGAUGACGGCGCGAAUGGCUACUGUCGCUCGGAUGCAGUGGGAACUGUAAUUCUCAAACGCCUUGAAGAUGCCAUCGCCGAUAAGGACCCGAUCCAUGGUGUCAUCCGUGGUGCCUACACAAAUCACUGUGGACGAGCAGAUUCAAUCACACGCCCAUUCGAGGGUGACCAGGCUGCCGUAUUCAACCGGAUUAUGCGCUAUGCCGGUGUCAACCCACAAGAUGUGGGCUACGUCGAAAUGCACGGCACGGGCACGCAGGCCGGUGACGCGACUGAGAUGAAGUCAGUCCUAUCUGUCUUCGCUCCGGAUGAAAAGAGAACGAAGCCCCUUUAUCUUGGCACAGCAAAGGCCAAUAUUGGACAUGCCGAGUCCGCUUCAGGUGUCUCGUCCUUAAUCAAAGUGUUAAUGAUGAUGAAAAACAAUGCCAUCCCUCCCCACUGUGGCAUCAAGACUAAAAUCAAUCAAGGCUACCCGAGAGAUAUGAAAGAACGAAACAUCCAUAUAGCAUUCACCCCAACUGAGUGGCAUGCCAGUGAUUCAGCGCAGGGAAAGCGAAAGGCCUUCCUUAACAACUUUAGCGCAGCUGGCGGAAACACGGCCAUAUUGCUCGAGGAAGCUCCUGAGCGUUCGGAACCGUUGGUAGAACAAGAUAUGCGAUCCAGGCAACCGGUCACAGUGUCAGCAAAGACUGUCAAGUCUCUCGCCGGCAAUGUUGAAGCACUCAUCAGUUAUCUGAAUGAGAACCCCGCCGUAUCUCUUUCCUCUUUGUCAUACACCACGACAGCACGAAGGAUCCACCAGAACUAUCGAGUUGUCGUUUCCGGCUCCGAUAUUGCCUCCAUUCAAGCUCGCCUGCAGGAUAUCCUCCCUGCUAUCUCGGAACAGAAGCCGAUCCCGCCCGUGGCAAAUCGCCCCCCUAUCAUUCUAGCAUUUACAGGCCAGGGCAAUGUGUACCAAUGUCUUGGCAAGCAGCUUAUGAAUUCCGCACCUUGUUUCCGAGAAAGUAUGCUCCGUUUCAACCGUCUUGCAGAGCAACAGGGUUUCCCGAGUUUCCUGCCACUGGUUAAUGGCACUAUCGAAGAUUUGGGCCAGACGUCACCGGUUAUCACUCAGUUGGCACUGGUUUGUGUUCAGAUGGCCUUGUACAACUUCUGGAGGUCGCUGGAUAUCACUCCUGCGGCAGUCACUGGUCAUAGCCUUGGAGAAUACCCUGCCUUGUACGCAUCUGGCGUUCUAACUGCUGCCGAUGUGGUAUAUCUGGUUGGCACGCGUGCACAACUUCUGUCUGAAAAGGCCACUGCCGGAACACAUGCCAUGCUGGCUGUCAAGCUGCCGCUGAGUGCCAUCAAACCAGAAUUGGAAGGCACAUAUUGCGAGAUUGCCUGCAUGAACCAGCCAUCUAGCAAUGUGGUCAGUGGCCCAGUUGAGGAUCUGGUGGCACUGCAACAGAGGCUGAAGGUUCGGGGGGCAGAAUGUAUCUUGCUGGACGUACCAUAUGCCUUCCAUUCCGGUCAGGUUGAUCCCAUCCUUGAAAGCUUCCAAAAAGCCGCUGCCAGUGUUUGUUAUGAAUCCCCUUCGAUUCCUUAUAUAUCGCCCUUUUUGAGCAAGGUAAUUGCGGUGGGAGAUACGGAUACUCUGACAAAUUCGUAUUUGGUGAAUUCUUGUCGUCGUCCAGUCAAUUUCCAGGGUGCCAUUGAAGCAGCGAGAGCGGAUAAUUUGGUGACUGAAAAGUGUCUGUGGAUCGAAAUCGGAUCUCAUCCAGCCUGUUCUGGCAUGAUAAAGGGUAUUCUCGGUCCCAACAGUCUCACGAUUCCCUCCCUUAAUAAGAACAAGGAUAGCUGGGCAGUUUUGGCCUCGGGCCUGGAAACCCUCUAUUCCAGUGGGAUUGACAUUUGCUGGACAGAGUAUCACAGAGGGUUCGAGCAGUAUCAAGAGGUACUCGCACUCCCUCGGUAUUCAUGGGACUUGAAGAACUACUGGAUUACUUAUCGCAACAAUUUCUGCCUCACCAAGGGUGACGAUCUUGUUGUCGUCGCGGAUCCAGAAUUAACUACUGAGCGUCAAGCCAAACCCCGCUAUCUCUCGCCCUCUGUUCAGAUGAUCAUGGAGCAAGAGGACGGGCCUGAGAAUUCAAUGCUCAUUGCUGAGUCCAACAUCCAUGAUGAGCGUCUUGCACCCAUACUUACUGGUCAUUCUGUCAACGGUGCCCUGCUCUGCCCAUCGUCACUGUAUGCCGAUAUUGCACUGACUAUCACGGAGCACAUGUUGAAGGCCGUGGAUAUGGAUGUUGAAAAGGCUGGAUUCGAUGUCGCUGAAAUGAAAGUGAUAAACCCUUUGAUCUCUCAGCCAGACAAGGAGUCGCAACUAUUCCGCAUAACAGCCUCGGCCGAUUGGACACAAAACACCGUCUCUUUCAGUCUGUUUAGUGUCAAUGACAAAGGGAAGAAGACAACAGACCAUGCAACUUUCGCUGUCCAGAUUCUUCCCACGCAAACGUGGAUGGAACAAUGGAAGCGCAGUUCUCAUCUGGUUCACAGCAGGAUUCGCACUCUUUAUGAUAGUGCCGAGAAUGGUGACGCACAUAGACUCAAGCGCCGUCUUGCUUAUCAACUCUUUUCUACAAUCGUGCAGUAUAGCCCGGAGUACCAGGGAAUGCAAGAGGUGAUUCUGGAUAGCGAGGGGCAUGAGGCCACUGCAAAGGUGGCUUUCCAGGUGGGUGAAAAUGGGUUCACAUUCAACCCCUGCUGGAUUGACUCAUUGGGCCAUAUUGCCGGGUUCAUUAUGAAUGCGAGCGAUGCCACCCCGUCGAAGUCUCAGGUUUUCAUCAACCAUGGCUGGGAGCGCAUGCGAUGCGCCAUCAAAUUCUCCCAAGGCAAGCAGUAUCAGGUAUACAACCGCAUGCAACUGGAGACUGGAAGCACCUAUGUGGGCGAUACCUACAUUUUUGAUGGCGCAACGCUGGUGGCCAUUUUUGAGGGGAUUCGCGGCGUUCCGCGUCAGAUUCUCGAUCGCCUUCUCCCUUCAAAAGGGCGAUCAAAUCCAGUCAAUAAUACAGGAAGCGUGAAGACAUCGGAGUCUUUACCCCCUCGCCCUCGCAAGGCUCCCGUUGAUGUGUCCAAGAUGCAAACCACCAAUGUUCUUCCCAGAGCAAUUCCUAAGCCGGCCACAGUUGGCGUUGGGUCUCGUGUAAUGGAUAUCAUUGCCCAGGAGGCUGGAGUUGCACCGCACGACCUAGGCCCCACCGAAGAGUUCAGCAACCAUGGCAUUGACUCGCUCCUUUCCCUUACCAUUAUCGGUCGUAUCCAGGAAGAGCUUGGUGCAGAGCUUCCCUCGUCCCUGUUUAUCGACUAUCCAACGCCCAAGGACCUCUUGGGAUUUUUCAAAGUUGCCGAUGACUCUUCAACCGAUUCAUCGGAGAUAGGGAGCGGUGUUGAGACUCCUGACAACGGAGGAUCAGGUUGUGAUACCGGGGCUACGUCCGACCAGGAACUGGAAUCAUCGGUCCUGGAUGUUAUCCGCGAAACCAUCGCCCAGGAGACUGGCAUGAGUAUGGACGAAUUAACAUUUACCACCAGAUUUGCCGACAUAGGAGUUGACUCGCUUCUGGCGCUGACAAUUGUGGGCAGGCUAAGCGAGGUUUUGGAAAUCGAUCUCCCGUCCACGCUUUUCUUGGAAGCUCACAAUCUAGAAGAGGUGGAUAAGACAUUGGGUCUGGGAAUGACUGUGAAGUCAGCAGCAAGCCAGACGUCAGCAGCUGUGCCGCGUGCAUAUAGUUUUGAUCCCUAUUCUGGCCCUCAAUCCACGUCAAUAUUGCUUUGGGGAAACGCAAAAACAGCCAAGAGUACCCUAUUCUUCUUCCCUGAUGGAUCCGGAUCGGCCACCUCAUACGCAACGCUUCCCAGGAUUGGCGCAGACACAGCUGCAUACGCCCUCAACUGCCCCUGGAUGAAAACACCCCACGAGAUGACGUGUACCCUUGAGGAACUCACCUCCAAGUACCUUGUGGAGAUCCGCCGCCGCCAGCCAGUCGGGCCAUAUUAUCUGGGCGGCUGGUCCGCUGGGGGAAUCUGCGCGUACGAGGCCGCACAGCAACUAGCCCGAGAGGGCCAGCAGACUGCACGAUUGAUCUUGAUCGAUUCGCCCAACCCAAUCGGCCUUGAUAAUCCUCCACAGCGAAUGUACGACUUUUUCGACAGCAUCGACAUCUUUGGCACCAACGGCCGAGCACCGCCCAGCUGGCUCCGACCACACUUUGACGCGUUCAUCCGUCUCCUUGACAACUACAAGAUCAAGCCUUUCAUCAAGGCCGAGCCCGGAGUGCGCACACAUCUUGUGUAUGCGCGUGACGGCAUCUGCAAGCACCCAGAGGACCCGCGUCCUGAGACUCGCCCCGAUGAUCCCCGCGAGAUGAUCUGGCUUCUUAACAACCGCACUGAUUUCAGUGGUGAUGGAUGGGCGUCUUUGGUCGGUAGGAAGAAUCUGCACAUCGAGGUUUUGGACGAAGUCAAUCAUUUUUCGAUGAUGGAUAAAGGGUCGCAUAUGGACGCAUUUGGGGAUUUCCUGCGUCGGUCAGUGGCUUAUUUGGUUUGA